AUGGGACUUUGUCAUGGAAAACCCAAUCAAACCCUCGAAACCCAACUCGAAAACUCCAAUUUCCCGAAUGAAAUCGAACCAACAACACAGAAUUCCCAAACAGGGAAAUCAUCAUUCCCUUACUACAGUCCAAGUCCCUUCCAUAACAGUAACGCCUUCAAGAAUUCACCUGCAAAUUCGAAUUCAAGUGUGAGUUCGACACCUCUUCGCAUAUUCAAACGCCCUUUCCCACCUCCAUCACCUGCAAAGCAUAUUCGAUCGUUGCUUGCAAGGCGACAUGGGUCUGUUAAGCCUAACGAGGCCUCGAUUCCUGAAGGGAAUGAAUUCGAAGUUGGAUUGGAUAAAAAUUUCGGGUAUUCUAAGCAGUUAUUAAGCCAUUAUGAGCUUGGAGAAGAAGUGGGUAGAGGGCAUUUUGGGUAUACUUGUACUGCUAAAGGAAAGAAAGGGAGUAUGAAGGGCCAUGAUGUUGCCGUUAAAGUUAUCCCCAAAUCCAAGAUGACCACAGUAAUUGCUAUUGAAGAUGCAAGGAGAGAAGUGAAAAUAUUAAAGGCUCUAACAGGGCAUGACAAUCUAGUUCAAUUUUAUGAUGCUUAUGAGGAUGAAGACAAUGUCUAUAUAGUUAUGGAGUUAUGUAAAGGAGGUGAACUAUUAGACAGGAUACUUGCAAGGGGUGGAAAAUAUACAGAAGAAGAUGCAAAGGCUGUUAUGGUCCAGAUUUUAAGAGUCACAGCCUAUUGUCAUCUUCAAGGUGUUGUUCAUCGUGAUCUCAAGCCUGAGAAUUUUCUAUUUACAUCAAAGGACGAACAUUCCCUCCUUAAAGCCAUUGACUUUGGACUCUCUGACUACGUAAAGCCAGAUGAGAGGUUGAAUGAUAUUGUUGGAAGUGCAUACUAUGUAGCACCUGAAGUUUUGCAUAGAUCAUAUGGGACUGAAGCUGAUAUGUGGAGUAUUGGUGUUAUUGCAUAUAUUCUUCUAUGUGGAAGUCGACCUUUCUGGGCCCGCACAGAGUCCGGAAUCUUCCGGGCUGUUCUUAAGGCGGACCCCAACUUUGAGGAAGCCCCAUGGCCCUCUUUAUCAUCUGACGCAGUUGACUUUGUCAAAAGGCUUUUAAACAAAGAUUAUCGCAAGAGACUUACAGCUUCACAAGCCCUAAGUCAUCCAUGGCUUGCGAAUUAUCAUGAUGUGAGAAUACCUUUAGACAUGAUCAUCUUCAAGACUGUAAAAGCGUAUAUUUGUUCGUCUCCUCUAAGAAGAGCUGCUUUAGGGGCUGUUGCAAAGACAUUGACAAUUACCGAGCUAGGUUAUGUUCGUGACCAAUUCAUGUCACUAGGGCCAAACAAAAACGGGUUCAUAUCCAUGCAGAAUUUCAAAUCGGCUUUGAUGAAGAAUUGCACCGAUGCUGUAAAGGACUCUCGCGUGCUUGAUUUUGUCCAUAUGGUGAGUUCUCUUCAAUAUAAAAAAUUUGACUUUGAAGAAUUUGGAGCAGCAGCCAUUAGCAUUCAUCAGCUAGAAGCAAUGGAAAAUUGGGAGCAACUUGCUCGCCGUGCCUAUGACCUUUUUGAGAAAGAUGGUAACCGCCCUAUCAUGAUCGAAGAACUUGCCUCGGAGCUUGGGCUUAGCCCAUCGAUACCGGUUCAUGUGGUUCUUCAGGAUUGGAUAAGACAUGCGGAUGGGAAGCUUAGUUUCUUGGGGUUCAUAAGGCUUCUACAUGGAGCUUCAUCUCGUGCGUUCCAAAAGGCGUGAGUUAAUGUCAAAAUAACAAUACAUCAUAUUAUGCCAUUACAAAAAUGGCUCGAGGAUAUAAAAGUCUUUCAAGAAAUAGAAACAAGGAAACACGUACGUAUGUUAAGUUAUAUGCCAAACAAAGUCUCGUAUUGUUUGUCAAAAUCUAGAGAAUUGUACAGAGGUAGGAAGUCUCACUUCUCAGUGUGUUUAGUGUAGAAAAACCGUGUAAUGGUUGAGUGAGUUUUGUGCUGAUUUUAUGUCAACUUUUUUUUUUCUUUCUUUUUUCGUUAGGUUGCUUGUGUUUAAAAUGGCUUCUUGUUGUGUACUUCUAAACACUUUUAUAUAUGUUAUCUUAAUAAUGGUCGAAAUGACUUUGUUUGGUGUAUAAGACAUCUUUGGGCAUGUUUGUUUCCUUGUACGUAAUUGUUAUAUGUAGCAUGAUUGGACAAACUUUUUUUAUCUCUG